AUGUCAUACGCUGACAACCUCUCGGGCCAGUUUGGCAACCUCGGAAUAGGAGGCUCUCAGCCCUACCAGUCCCCUCCUCCCCCCGGGUCAGGAGAGCACGGCGGGUAUGGCUACCACUCGGCCAACCAGGAUGGAGGCCCUCCUGCGCAAUACCACGCCUCUCCCCCUAUGCCAACCUAUCAGCCUCCCUCUGACAAGCCGCCUAUCCCCCAAGGAUGGAUUCCUCUCUUUGACCAGAGCCGCCAGCGAUGGUACUAUGCCAACACGGAGACCGGAUUCACCCAGUGGGAGGCUCCAGGCUACAUUGCCCCUCCGCGACCUCCCAUGGAGAGCUACCCGAGCGAGGAAUCACGAGGCAGCGGCCCUUCGCCGUAUCCCCCAGCAGCGCCCUAUGGGCCCACGCCUGGUGGCUACGGAGCUCCCCCUUCGGGACAUUCUCCCUCGGCCUCUUACGGCGCACCACCCCUACCUCCCGCCGGCUACGGUGCUCCAGCAGGAGGGUAUGGCCAUAGUAGCCAUGGGAGCUAUGGUGGUGAGGGCCGCGGUGAGGGCUACGGCGAAGAGAAGAAGAAGAAGUCAUCUGGAAAGGGUGGCUUGCUUCUUGGUGCCGCCGGUGGUGUUGCCGCCGGUCUUGUAGGCGGUGCCCUCUUGCAUCACGCCCUGGAAGACGACAGCAGCGACGAAGAAGAGGAGAGGCGCCGCGAAGAAGAAGAGAGGCGCUACGAGUAUGAACAGGCACCGUCACAGACCAUCAUUGUCAACGAGUACAACACGACCAACUACAACGACUCCAAUGAUCCCUACGAGGAGAGCGGUGUGCCAGGCAUCCUUCCUUCAAGAGAUGCAGAGGGCAACUACGUGUCUGAAAGCGAUCGGGAAUCUGUUCAAGAGGCACGUGAAGAGUACGAGGAGGCCCUUGCGGAAGUUGAGGGCUCUUCAAGUGCAAGCAGCAGCGACUAUGAGGAGUUGGCGGAGGCUAGGGAAGAGUACGAAGAAGAGUACGAGGAAACUUAUGAUUAG